AUGGAUAGCCCGACUGCCAGCGAGCCGCUGUCGCCGGAGGAGGACUUCUAUGGCGACGAUGCGCCCGACGCGUCUGACGCGCCUGUAAUGGACACCACAGCCCGCUUGGAGGUGAGGACUACCCCGGAGCAAGAGCCAGUGUCUUCAGCAUCCGUCCACCUGGAUCUGGUGGGCGCUUCUGCCCACGACAAGACCCGCGAGGAUCACUCACUGACUAACGGCGCUGCUACUUCCGAGCACUCUACGGACAGCCAUACCGAAGAUCACUCCUCAUCGGACAUGGACAUGUCAGAGUCGGAGCAGGAGGCCGAGCUCGACGCAUCGACUCCAAGCCUAGCCCAGCAGGAGCUGGCCUGUGACCAGAGCCAGCCCGCUGUGAACAAGCGAAAGCUAAGUGAUACUCUAGAUGAAUCCGAAGUGGCCGGGAACUUACCUGGAAAUAUUUCGUCCAAGAGACUUCGACUUUCCACCUCCGGAUCCUGUUUUACGGACAAGCUCACCCCAGAACUGCUGCAGCAGGUCUUCACACGCCUCUCUCCGGCCAUGCUUUGUCGGUGCCGCCGCGUGUGCAAGCGAUUCGAGCACGUCUUGACGAGCUACCAGAAUCUGUCGCCAACUCCGAAGAAAGAUACGAGGAAAGUUCAGCCGGUACGCCUUAUUGACAGCAACGCGAUUUUCAGGGAGUCCCGUCAGAAGUUCAUGCCUAAUAUGCCAAGGCCAUUGGAAGGCCACACGGAACUCGGUAUGCUGAAGCUAAUGUCCGGAAGGACCUGCCAGGGUUGUGAUCGUGCCUUUCUGCCUCAGGCGACUUCGUUUCCAUUCAAUGCAGGCCCUGGACGUCUUGGUCUUCGAGUCAUCUGGCCUUUUGGUCAGCGCUGGUGCGGCACGUGCUUUGAAGCGAGGACAGUCAAGGAUAUCGAGGUCCUUACAUCUCCUGGCGGACCAUUCCGAGCUGGGCUGUCAUAUGCCUUUCAGACAAUGGACAUGAACUUCGUGGGAGACACCCAGCGCCAGACCCCCGUCGGCAUCCCGUCAACACUACGUGCAUCAAAGGUCUAUUCCAAGACUGAUGUUCAACACAUCCUGGCAGAAGCCGAGGAGACGAAAGCAUAUGGUGCUGGCGUCGCCGACGAAUGGCAGAAAGGUCUUGCUACGAAGGGUAAGCAGAGUAUGACUGACUGUGCCCGUUGGGAGCGUUGGGAGGCCUCUUUCAGCCAAGGACGGGAUCUUUCACAGGUGCUCCGAGAGUCUGAUCCACAGGUGCCUUCCUUGCCAGUCAAGAAUGAUAACAGUAAGUCUGCUGGUGUAAGCAGCGCCGAGUCGCUUGCAACGUUCCAUGGUCCACUCCCGCUGCCACUGCCCGUACAUACGCUUAGGCCUCCAGGUUUUGCGCCACCCAUGUUGCCGGCUAAUGCCAUGAUUCCACCACCCACAAAGCCGGUGCGGACACAACAGGAUAUCGAACUUGCUCGUGCUGCCAGGAGGGCCGACAUUGAGCGCCGAUGUCAGGAGCUCCAGCCGCCUCUACCGCAGAAUAUCCUGCACCAGAUGCCAUGCUUUAAGGAGUCCAUGCAGAUCAGUAUACCAAUGGACGACGCACAGUGGAAAGUCCUGGAGCCACGACUACUUGCACAACGAGAGGCAGCAGAGUUGAUCGAACACAAGAGAACCAUGGACCUCGCAGCUCUGCAGACAAGAACGUACGACGUACCCACCGAGAAUUUGGGAUACUUCAAGCCAGCCAAAGAAGUCUAUGGUACCGACUACGACCGCGCGCAAGAGCCACUGCGCAAGCGCCUUGCCGAGUAUGCCGAUGAGAUUACUGGUACCGACUUGCAAAACCAGCCUGUGACCAGCGGCGAAGAAGCUUCAGAGCUUGUCAUUAAGGUUCUCACGCACGCGAAAACACGCUAUGAUGAGGACAAAGCUUCAGCAAACCUGCCAAAUCCUGUUAGCUUGACGCACCGCCGCAUCUCCAUGUCCAUCGAAGACAGGCCUUAUCGAGAACCGUUCCUUUCGCUCGACAACAUGAAGUCGCUGUAUGAGAACAAAGUACGCGGCCGAUUGGGGCAUCAGUAUAGCGAGCCUUUCAUGUGCGCCGACUGCCCCAAUGAUUGGCAGAGCAAGCUCCUCGGCUUCGAGAGUCUGAUCCAACACUUUGGUGCCAAGCAUACAUCAUCGUUCGGCACAGAGAAUGUGGUAGUGCAUUGGCAGCUUAGUGAAUGGCCAGUGGUACCACCGUUUCAUCCUCAGCCUUGUAAGAAGCCGGGCGAGCAGCGCCGAAAGCAUAAAGGACACCAAGCUGCCCACAAAGCACUAGGCAGAACGUGGACACCAUCCGGCCACAAUGAUACCAUAUCGUUCAAGAAUGCAGCGGCACAUCACGGCGGACAGUUUACUCCAGGAUCUAACCCUGGUCACCACGGCCUGUCGGUCAACACAGAUGGUGUCUCCGAUCAUCCUUCGAUAGUCCCGAAUGGCUACGUUCACGGUGCACCAGCCCAUGCCGGCCAGCAGCACAGACUUGGCGAUCCGCAACGCAGCUUCUCGAACAGCACAGGCGCUUCGGCAGCAUUCUUUGCUGGUUCGUAUGGUGAAGAUCAAAUGUCGCAAUUCAUGUCCGAUGCACGUGCGACGUGGGAUGCUCUUGCUGGCAUUAAAGAAAUGCUUGACUGUGUCCGCAUUCAGACGACCAUAUAUACGGCCGCCGCAAAUUAUGCCAAGCUUUUCGUUUACUGGCCGGGUCUGGACAUGGUCACUGAUGCUCUAGCUACGAGUUCUAAGCUACAGCCGCUGAAGGAGGCAUCUGGGCUUGCUUGUCAACUGUGUACCAGACUGCAACAUGAAGGCCUUGCCAAGGUUGAGGGCUACUAUGCCCGCAUCAAGGACGUGCAGCUUCGUAACUUCACGUCUCUGGCCACGCACUUCAAACUUGUGCAUGUUCAGGACGAUCGUGCGGAUGGCCCGCAGUGGCAUAGGGACAUGAUCGAGUGGCCUGAAAGUGCAGCCAUCGCUAAGCUGAUGCACUCGCAGGGCAUGGACGACAUCAAGCUUAGCCUUCUUGCGAAGGCCUUUCCAGCCGCGUUUCCUCCUCAAUUGCCUCAAAUCGGGCACGUCACAGAGUCUGCUGCCAAUUCUGAGCAAGAUAGUGCACUCAUCAAACGCUUGACUGGAAGAUGGAAGCCCAAGCAGCCGAAGAGCAAGAAGAAGAACAAGAACCAGAAUGCUAAUGGGACACCGCAACGCAGUGCGAGCUUAGACAGUACGCCUGCGCCUACCGCUGAUCAGUAUGAUCCGAGGAAUCCGAUGGACGCUGAGGAGGAUCCUAUGGCGAGGUUUGACUCGGAUGUUGCGAGGAAGAAGGGUCCAUCGCCCGUUGUGUCGACUCCUUCCGCUGGCACUACGAUCGCACCAGGUGUCAAUCUUUCGGCAGAGACGCUCGCGAUGCUGAGCAACCUCACAAGCCACAUGACUCAGCCUCAGCAGCAGCAGGAUCAAUCGACUGCUGUCAAAGUCGAGCCAAUUGAUACGAAUGACCAUGCUGCAUCUAAUGGCAUCUUAUCUGCCGAGCUGGACUUUACUUCAGUCCUGGCGUCUCUUACUCAGCAUUUGCCAAGGGCUCAAAGCGGUACACCACUGUCUGCAGGCACUCAACGAUUCGGUAAUGCCACUCGAAGCACCCUCCCGCAUCCUUCGGCAGUAUUUCAAGAAUCGCCUUCGACGUACCGACCACAGGACAGACGGGCGGCCAGCGAGCAUUAUGCCGCUGAACGGACAUAUCAAGCUCCUCCGUCUCCACAUCGUUACGAGCCGCGAGACAUACAGGCUACCAUGGCCCGUAACACCUCCCACUACCAACAAAAUCAGCAGGGUACAUACAGCCACCCAGCAGAAGCAACUUCCUACCCGACAUCAACCCACCGCUCACCUCCACGCUACCGCUACCUAGACGCGCCUGAGCAGCCUUUACCCCGCUACGAAGAUCCUCCGCUACCAGCCCAUUCACACCCAGCCUACCGUGGCGCAGCCCCACUGCUGCAAUACAUGCACGCACCCGAGCAUCUCGCAUACGAGCCCGCAGGUCCUCCGCAGCAUGCGCAGGGCUACGGCUACCACCCUGCUCCUUCACAUCCACCACCACCACCACCUCAUACCCGUACCGUGUAUGUGGACCAAUUCGGCCACCCGCUUGAGCUGAUCCCUAUCGAUAAUGCGCCGGCGCCGAUCCAGUACGCGCCGCAUCCGUAUGAGCAGCAGAUGCAGAUGGGUUAUGGGCAGCAGACGCAGCCACAGUAUCAGGUUUACUAUGAGCCGGCGCUGGAACAGGGGAGGAGUCGUUAG